AUGAAGGGAGUUAAUGUUGCAAUGCUUGUGGUGUUGGCCCUAGCAGCGGCCCUACUCGGGCCGUCGCCAGGCGAGGCCAUCUCGUGCGGCGAUGUUCAAGGCUCCCUCUCUCUCUGCUUGGCCUACCUGACCGGCAGUGGAGGAACGGAGCCCACGAGCUCGUGCUGCGGAGGCGUGAGGAGCCUCGUGGGGAAUCUCGAGUCCCGACAGGACAGGCAGACUGCGUGCAGCUGCAUCAAGUCCGCUGCCUCCAGCUACAACGUUCGGUCGGACGCCGCCUCCAGCCUUCCUCGAAAAUGCGGCGUGUCCAUCGGGAUGUCGGUCAGCCCUGAUAUCGACUGUAGCCAACCGGCUUGUAAGAAAAUGACGAGAAGAAAUGGCGUCGCCUUUUGCAACACAAGGCGCAUAGUUUCGGUUGUCAUCUUUCUUCUUCUUCUUGAGUGA